GCGGCAUUUGUCAGUUAUUUUUAUGUUUUUGUACAGUUUGUACUCGUGCCUCAGAGUCCCGUAAUGUUUCCGCAUCCGAACCAGCCGAUGCACGAGACCAUUCCAUUCCUCAGCAACCCGCAACUUGACCCCAGCGCAGCCUGUCUUGUCAUACAACUGGCACUGGCACUGGCACAAGUUGUACUGUGCACAUACAUACCUACAUCCUACCUCCCUUCCAUCCUCUUCUCCUCCAUCCGUCCCCUCCGUUAUCCAUCACCACAUCACCAAAAACACGCCUCAUCAUGCAUUUACGAUCACCAGUACUCGCCAGUGUUUUGGCUUUGAAGGCCUCUGCGUUCCUCGUGCCUUUCGAAGUUACCAAGACUGGGGAAGACAUCAGAAACGAGAUUGCCUCCGCCUUCUUCGCAAAGACAGGCCGGACCGUCGACCUCGACUGUCCCGGAUGUCCAUUCUUCGGCGUCGAGGACACGAGUGAACUGCAAUAUGGCGUUGAAAACAAGAUACAUCUCGAGUUCAACGUCGAUUCAGACAACAGCCUAACAGUCAAUGGCGUCUCCAUCGUCCCCAAGAAAGGAGCCACUGCCACUCCGUUUGUGCCUCUCGCAGCGCCCCAGAUCAGAGUCGAAGAUGGAGAACAGACCGAGCCGAUCCUACUUGACUUUGCGUACGAGAGACUGCCCGCCAUCACGUCCGACGACGAAUCAGACAAAAUCAUCAUCCAUCCUACCAGACUCACCAUCCUUGGCCUACAAGGAAUCCCAGUCAAAGUGGACGAGCUAGCCAUCGAUCUUUUGCAAACUGAUAAGGGCACCUCAAUUGCCCGUAUCGCCAACAUUCCCUUCCAAGAGACACCGGGCGCAACCACUUGCGAUAACACAUCUUCCAAAUGGUCUCUAUGUCGGUUGAGAGCCAUCAUUGCCGCUCGACUUCAAUCCCUCAAAGAGGCUGCCAAAGCAGGUGCUCACGCCACCAAAGGUUGGGUCCACGGCGGCAAAGGGUGCAAGGGAAGAAAGAUGGGAGCACAAGGCAUGCACCACCAUGGACAUGGCCACCACAACACCAUGGGAGGACACCAUGACAUGCACCGCUUCGGCCAUGCGCUACACCAGACUCUACGGUUCUUCGUCAUCCCUGCCCUUCUCGGCGUCAUUGGCGGUCUCACCGCGAGUGCCAUCGGUAUGCUUCUGGGCCAGCUGAUUUCGUAUCUCUGGAUCAAAUUCCACCGCAACGGCCGCCGUGGUCACGCCUCAGACGUGCAAGUUGUCGAGAUUGUCGUUGACGAGGACGAGAAGGAUGCCUUGUUGAUUGAUGGCGAGUUGCCUCCUCCACCACAAUACGAGGAUGUGGAGCACAAUAAUGGCGAUACGGCAGUCGACUCGCCGGAUCAGAAGCAUUGAAACAGAAGAAAAGAAAGUAUUUUAAAAACGAUUGCAACAAGUUAAGGGGUAGGCUAGUGACAGGAACAUGGGACAAGACAAAAAGAUCGAAGAGGUGAUAAGGAACACCCUGGACCUGUUGGACUUGCAGCCCGUCAGCUCGACAUUAUCAAUUUAGCGAAUAAAUCCCUAGAACUCCGCUCGGAUGGAGUCUUUUUAUGAUUAUCAGCACGUCUCGUCUCUUUCCAAGUUGAGGAGAACAGAAGGGUCUGUUACUGCUGUUCAUUGUAUUUCCAUGUUACGUGUAGCCUUCUCAGGAUGGCGUUGAGAGAAUGAGAUCCAAUCCAAUCAAUCCAAGGCAGACUCGAUGCAAUUCGAUCCGAUCCCACCAUUUAACAGGAUUCUACAUAGAAUUUCCUUUGCCUCUCUUCCAGCAUGAGGUGGUGCUUUUAGUACUAUUAGUACUUACUUGCCCGGCAAAUUUUAACCACAUUCUUGUUAACUAGGUAGGUAGGUAGGUAUUCAUUGUUUAUUUGCCCCCUACCUAUAAUGUACGACAGUAUUAUAACCACCCACACCACCACCAUGAUUUUUAGGACAGUACCUGUGCAGUUGCUCACAGUGUACCGUGCCAGUGUACCCUACGAGUUCAAAUUGGACCUCUUUCCAACACCACUGCUCCACUUCCAACCGUGUCCCUCAAGGAUACAUCUCCUCUAGCACUCCACUCUUUCAAAUUCAAAUUCCAAUCCCGAAAUCGAACCUAGCAAUAUCAAUUCUGCGCUGAAUACUCGGCACGAAGCCCCAGUAUGUGGGACCAGUUCCAGUUUUCAUGGUAGAUCUCCGCAACGUCGGCGGCGGCUUGGGCGGAGCCAAUGGAGUCGACUUCGUCUUUACCAAGACUGGAUCGGUAGCCGGGUAAGUACUUGUCUCAGAGACGACAUCAGUGUCCGCCUCAGAGUCAUUUGUGCUGGCGUCGGUGUCGGUGUGGUGUCUGUCGUGAGUAAUUUCCAUUUGGGUUUGACUCCAAACUCGACUCUGAUUCUCCUGGCUCUGGGUCUGGGUCUCGGUCAUUAUGUCCCGACUGCUGGAUCGAGUUGUGGUUGUGAUGGUUGCAGAAGCCAGACGAUGAGGAAUGCCCUGCUGUUUCUGCUGCUUCUCUUCGACAAUUUGGAUAAGUGGGUGAUUUCGUCCAAACACAAAUCUGUAAUCUACAGCUCUGCCUUUGGCUUGAGAGACAAGAUUAAUGGCCCUGUUGAUGAUGGAGCGGAUGGCAAGACUGUGCGGCGAUAAGGAAUUCGUUUGGGCAAUUCGGCUUCCAGGAGUCGCGGUCGCGGUCCCGGUCUUGGUACCCCGUCUUGUUGCCGCAGCGCCGCCGGUCUCAGAGUCACAGGCUGGUCUUGGGCCAGAGCGAGAGCGAGAGUCAGUGGCAGUGAGAGGAGUAUUGAAGGUGGUUCUUAUCGACGAUCCAGCAGCAUCGGUUUGUCCGGUCAUUGGCGGCAGCGGCCUCGUUUCUUCGUAUGUUGGAGCCGUGGAUUCAGGUUCCGGAUGAUCAGCUGCACCCUGGCAUGGCAUGGCGCUAGGACCGCAGGUGACAUGAACUUCGGGUUCGAUGACUGAGUUUAUGGCAGUUGAACUGGAACUUGGGCUGGAGGUUGAAACCAUUGAAACACCAUCCACCUCCACGAUGGGCACCUGCGUGUCUGGUAUCUUUGGAGCACUGGACGGGAAUGUCGUGUCGUCGUCAAUGCCAAUAUCAAUAUCAAUACCGAUGCCCACAUCCAUCGGACCAGGAACGCCUCUUUCAGGCCACGACUCGACGGGACCGGUGGAAUCGGUUCGGGAAGGGUUGAUGACUUGCUGAGAACGGUGCAAGAAACCCCUAGAUGUCAUCUUAUCCCCGUCGAGAUACAGAGCCGAGAACAGAGGACCCCGUAUAAGGAUGAACAGCGCCAAAGCGACGUACGCCACGACGAUAGAGACGAAGAUAAGUCGGGGUCCUUGGUCUCCGAGGCCAGACCAGAAGGAGGGACUUGGUGGCCCGGACCUUGGGGUAGACGAGGGACUGCUUUGCCAUCGAGGAGUCGAGGAUUCUGCUUGACUGAUGGUCACUCCUCCUUCAUCGUCAUCUUCAUCUUCAUCAUCGUCAUCGUCAGAGUCAGAGUCACUUUCCGCGAUCUCCAACUUCGGAUCAGGAUCUGCUUGUGUUUCUGCUUCUGCUUCUGCUUCGUUUCCACCUGUAGGUCCAGAAGUGGCUCCCUGGUCUGUGGUAGCUGGAGAACUCUCUGCUUUCCAUCCUGCUCCCAAGAACGGAGUAAAUACCGUUUCGUAGCCGGCUUCGGCUUCUGAGUCGGUCUCGUCUUCAGCUGGAACCCUGCCUAAAGCCUUGCGGCCGAGGGAGCCAAGUGUAUUUGCGAAAGACUUGGCCGCUGAAACGACUGGUGCGGUGGCGGCCUUGAUCGUGGUUCCAGAAACAGAGCCCUUUCUGAGUCGACUGUUGGGUAUUGACCCUUUAGACAUCGGACCUGCAGGUGCAGACUCAGAGGACAAAGUUUUGAGAGCGCCUUUAGAGAUACUGUCGUAAAGGUCCGGCGUGCUUUCAGAUUUAUCAUCAAUGACGAUAAAGAUGUCUGUCACUGGUUGUCGAGGUUCGAACAUGGUGGCUCUCGUGGCUGUAACAGGAGUUUUUACCACUUGGGAAUGGCGUUCGCUAGGACUACCAACAGACGAUGGCGGUGGAUUCUCAGCCAGCCUAGAGGAACUUGACGAUCUGCUUCUUGUACUCCUUCUGUCCCAUUGGGUUUCCGGUGAGAAGCUGACCUCACGGCUCUUAGAACCACCGGAAUACUCUGAGCCCACGAGGGUCGUGCCAGGGGAGCUCUGUGUCGUUCCAGGAGAACUCUGACUCAUUGCGGGGGAACUAUGCGUCGUUCCAGGAGAACUCUGGCUCAUUCCAGGGGACCUACUGAAGCAUGUACUGUCUGUGCCUGCGGGCGAUGGUGACCUCGAUUUGGCGCCAGUGUGCGCCCCUUCACGCCGGUCAUCCUGGGACAGGACUGGGACUGCCGUGAGCGGCGGUUGUUGCGGAGACAUGGGUGACCGUCUGCGAAGCCCAGGAGUUUCGGGGUACUGUAUGGCACUGCUUGUGGCUGCAGUUUCUGCAAGCUUGUCCUUGUACACGGAAGGCGAGAUUGGAGACAUGAUUUCUUCGGCAAUCGUUUCUUCCACAGGUUCAAUGGAUUGUCGAAGUGGUGAACUUCUCGUCGGGCUAGAAGUUGAAGCCGGAAGCGCUGUCGGUUUUGUUUUGAUGGGAGCGAGCUUCUUCGCCGACACGCGAGCCUUUUCGCUCAUGCUGGUCCGCCUCUGGUCUCUGGCCCCCUUCAAGGCAUUCUCAAGUGGGAGACUAUGCGUGCCAGGUUGUGUCCCAGAAGAAACGUCUUCAACCAACGGAAAUGUCAUGGUUUUAUCCGAAUUCGGAUUGUUGCUAGGAGACUGCAGUGCUGCACGAACAGAGCUCAAGCCAAAGCCCUCCCUCCUAGGUGACGGGUCGAUUUGGGAAAGCCCUUGGAACUGAUUGACGAUGUCUUUGACUGAAGUUUUCUGUGGAGUAAUGACUCCGCUGAUGUUGGCUCCAGAUGACCGAUCACCCGCUACAUUGCUGGAUUCAGGCAGCGGGUCGCUCGAUGCUGUGAUUCCGACACUGCCAAUGCCUGUCAUCUGAAGCACAUUGACUCGCCGAGUAGGUUUGCCAGGGCUUUGAGGUAGAUUGAUGGAGGCUUUCGAUGUCGACUCGUCCGCACAGGCAUUCCCAGCUUCCGGCAACCGCUGGCCCUCUGAAGCCACUUCCACGCCGUCCUCUUUGAAUUCCGGAUCAGCAUCAGUUGAGCUAGGGGGCUUGUCUGUGCCCGUGGAAUGCCGUUCAGAAUUCAUGGACCUUGCCUCGCUCCUAUCCAGAGGCACAUUAUCAGAUUGUCCUGUUUCUGAUUGCACGAGCAUGCACUGAGGACUGGUUGAAGUGACAUAGUCGGUGCCGUCUUCAGUUUCAGUUGUUUCCAUGGAUAUAUUCGACUCGUCGUCGUCUGUAACCGAGAUCGGCUCACCUGCCUCUACCUUGUCCUCAUCUUCAGUUUGGUCGCUGCUAGUCUGCAGUCUCAAGGGUUCAGGACGACUUGGGCUGUCCAACAUGCGCAGAAUAUGGUCUGGGCUGGUUUGAGGACCCGAGGACUGUAGUCCUGACGCGUUUAUGAGCCUCUUUAAAUCCGCCACGUCGAGAGACAUGCGAGAGUGACCUGGAGAAGCGUUUUCAUGCUCCACUACAGCCAAGUUUAGCAGUUCAGGGCUGGCUGCCGCCGAUUGCAGGCCAAGAAGGGCAUCGCGGAACCAGUCCGGAGUGCUUCCCGCGGAGCCUGAUGGUAUUGACGAGGUCCGCUGUAGAAUGUUAUCAGGAGAGUUGUGCAGGGAAAACUGCAGGCUUGAACGAUUAGACCCGAUCGAGUCUCUGUCCACGGGCGGCGUGUGCCUGACAGUGGCAUUCUUAGGAGAAUUGACUAGGUUUUCCAACGGAGAGGCGACGCUGCUGCCCGGUGAGUUGAGGAAUGCCUCCAGAGUCUGGUAACGCGCUGCCGCCGAUGCUGCAGAGUGACGAACUCGUCGCUUCUUGGGCAACAGCGCAUUCAUUCGAGUGUCGCAGAAUCGGACUUGGUCCUGA